ACACGAGGAACCUCAGUGUCUCGCUGCACACUUCAGUCGUCGGACACUGGUGUUGUAUGGCAGUGGUUUACUGUGGUCAUUGGGGAUCGAAAGGGCUGGAGAUGAAGGCAGUGGUGGUUUUGGUAGCACUGCUGACCAUUGUGUGUCAGGUCAGCAGCAGUCGACAGAAGCAGAGUGAUGCGAAUCCAGUAGUGCUCAACCCAUGGAGGCACAGAGUGAAAAGAGACUGGAUCAUCCCACCAAUCAGAGUACUAGAAAACAGCAAGCAGCUCCCUGAAGAUCUGGUUCAGAUUAAAUCAGACAAGAUUUUCACCGGUGAGGUGAUCUACAUGCUGGAGGGUCCUGGUGUUGAUCAAGACCCCAAAGGCCUCUUUGAAAUUGAUGAUAAAACAGGAUGGAUCAAGAGCAAAGUGCCGCUGGACAGAGAAAAGCACAAGAGUUUUAAACUCAAGGCCUUUGCACUUUCCCCAAGUGGAGAGAGACUGGAAAGUCCCACCACUAUCGAGAUCUACGUUCUAGAUCAGAACGACAACAGGCCCGAGUUUACUCAAAAAGAGUUCAUUGGAACCAUUCCUGAAUUCUCUGUUCCAGGAACAUCAGUGAUGCAGGUGACCGCGGUGGACUCUGAUGAUCCUCUGACUGAUAACGCCGCUCUAAGUUACUCCAUCACCUGGCAGGAGUGUGACCCUCCACGAGGCAUCAACAAAACCAUGUUUGGCAUCAACAACAAAACCGGAGUCAUCUACAUACGAGACGUGGGACUAGACAGAGAUGUGGUGCAGUCCUUCAGGCUGACUCUGCAGGUGGCUGACAUGUCUGGAAUGGGCUUAACCUCUAGCAGCCGCGCCAUCAUUCACAUCUCUGACAUUAACAACCACGCUCCCAAAUUCCAGCCUACUACGUACAACAUGUAUGCAAUGGAGAACAAGCAGAUUGCGGAGGUUGGCAGGGUCAAUGCGACAGAUAAGGACCAGAGAGGUGGAGAUAACUGGAGGAUUAAGUAUACCAUUGUAAAUCCUUCAGGACACUUUGCUAUCCGCACAGACCCCGUCUCUAAUCAAGGCAUCAUUUCUGUAAUUAAGUCACUAGACUAUGAAUCCCAAGCAGAGUACAAGCUCAUUGUAAAAGCGGAGAAUGAAGUCAAACUUAAAUCCCCUUACGAGCAAGUACACAGUGCUACAGUCACCAUCAGAGUGAUAAAUGAAAACGAGGCUCCGAUCUUCUAUAAAAACCCCAUUAAAGUCACUGUUCCUGAGUCUGUUGUUCCCGGCACGGUCCUGGUCUCUGAUAUCGCUCAUGAUCCAGACAAUGCCAACCUAAGGUUUGAAAUCAUUCAGGAUCCUGAUGAGUGGCUUGCUAUUGAUCAUUCAACUGGACAAAUCAUGGCCAAAAAAACUUUCAAAAUACGGUCUCCCUAUGUCAAGAACAACAUAUAUUCUGCUGUUGUGAAAGUCACAGAUCAAGAUGCUGAUGGCAUCUCUGCAACAGCUACCCUGGAGGUCAAUCUGUGGGAAACCAAUGAUUAUCCACCGUUGCUGAUACCCCAGAGUGGGACUGUGUGCAGUAACUGGGACCGAGAUAAACUGGGCCUGCUGCUUAGUGCCUUGGAUGAAGACAUGUCCCCGCAAGCUGACCCGUUUUCUUUUGGCAUUGCUGAUCAAAAUAUUGCUGCCAACUGGACUAUCAUAACUCUUAAUGAGACGCAUGCAGUUCUCCAGCCUUUGGUAGACAUAGAGAGAGGGGAAUUCUCUAUUCCUGUGGUUGUAUCAGACUCAGGCUCCCCUUCCCUUUACUCCAGUGCUCUGGUCAACGUAACUGUAUGUCCCUGUGACAGUUUUGGUGACUGCAAGAGCAUCACAGCAGCCAUCUUUGACUCCAAAAUCGGAAUUAGCUUCAUUGCCCUUAUGAUUAUAAUAGGAUGCAUUGCUCUUCUGUUAGUUCUUCUUCUUCUCACUGUGGCUGUGAGGAGCUGCACAAGUCAGAACAUUAAAAAAGGAGGAGGUCUGCUGGUCGGAGCAUCUGACGACGACAUCCGAGACAACGUCUUUCAUUAUGAUGAGCAGGGAGGCGGAGAAGAAGAUGAGGAGGCAUUUAACAUUGAUUUUCUGAGGAGCCCCAGUGACAUUCUCCCUGCCCCAGCUUCAUUUUUCCCACAAGACUGUGGUUUGCCCAGAGGAAAACAACCUCAAAGGAAAGAUGCGCCCCAUUACCUGCCUUCUCCUACAUAUCCACGCAAACCCCCUGGAGACCCAACUGACAUAGAAGAUUUCAUCAAUGUUGGCCUGGACGCAGCUGACAAUGACCCGAACGUCCCACCAUACGACACAGCUCUGAUUUAUGACUAUGAGGGUGAUGGGUCAGUAGCAGGCAGCCUGAGCUCCAUCGCUUCCACAGGCUCGGAUGGAGACCAGGACUACGACUACCUCAAUGACUGGGGCCCUCGCUUUAAAAAACUAGCCAACAUGUACGACCCACGUUAGACGCAAGACUCGUUCAGAUACUCUCCUGCUCGCAUGUCCUUCAAAUCUCAGGAUGAGGAGAGCUUUUACAUAAUUGAUAUUAUAGAAAACAGAAGGGCUUUCUCUGUUCCCUAGUGAUACGGUUUUGCUAAAGGUCAUCGGUGUCAAAAAAGAGAGACCACAAACAUAUUGUCUCUUUCCCUUUCCUUCACGGAUCAGUGAACUGUUUCCACAUGCUGAUGUGACAGGUGCUUUCUGUGGGCCGUGAAAGCACCAACUGGGGGAAAGAAGUGUGUGUUAGUGAAUACUAAUUAGUUAUGGUGCAAAAAGAGAUGCCUUGUUUGUAAAAAAAAAAAAAAAAACGUGUCACGUUCUUGAGGGAUUAUUUUAGCUGAUGACCAAUACAUGAGGGGUAAACGGAAAGCAAAUUUCAGCAGAAAUGAUGUACUUAUUCAGGCAUACCCAUGAUUUUAAACCCAUAUGACUUUCUAGAAUCCUUAAAACCGGUUUUAUAUUUUGCUCAAUUUCAAAGCUGUUCUUCUUUAUAACAAAUUGUGAGAAGUAUAUAUGAUGCAUCCAGAAGCAUAGAGACAAGUUUGUUGUUGGAGACACCAAAGCACUUUGGAAUUUUUAAUUCAACACUAAUAAGUGGAAACCUACAAUUGUUGAAUUAAAUUUAAGAGUGAUUUCUACAUGAUUUAACCCUUAAAAUGUAUCUAUAUACAUCUAUGGGACAUAAAUGAAACCACUUGGAAAUACAAGGAGUAAAAGUAUUAUCAUUUAGAUCAGUGUUUCUCAACUAUGUUCCUGGAGGACCACCAGCUCUCCAUAUUUACCAUGUCACCUGAUUCAGAUCAUCAGCUCAUUAGCAGAGACUGAAAGACCUGUAAUGGUGUAACAGACAAAGGAGACAUCCAAAACCUGCAGUGCGGGUAGUCCUCCAGGAACGUGGUUGAGAAACACUGCAGAGUAUCCAGUCGGCACCAAUAGCCUAGUGGUUAAGUGCGCCGACAUAUAGCACCAAGUUCGGUUCCCAGCUCAAGGUCCUAAGCCAAUCCUUCCCCUCUCUCUGCUUCCAAUACUGUCCUAUCACAAUAAAAAAUGAAACCCCCCCGUAAAAAAUAAUUAUGAAGUAUCCUGAAAUGGCUAAAAGCAUUUGACAAAUGGUCAUUUUAUGAUGUGAAUGACAAUGAUUUUAUUUUGAAUCUUGAAGGCAAUGCCAUUGGGUCAAAACUCCAUAUACACUCAAGCCUUAUGUCAUUUCAAAAACAGUAAGCCUUUGUCCAUGGGACAUAUGUAAACACACUUUUAUUAAAAUCUGUAUGAUUUCUGUCCUUCCCGAGAAAGACUGUUCACCCAAAAUGCAAGCACUUGAGAUUACAAACGAAACUAUUAAUAAUAAAACAAAUGUAUAAUAAUAAAUAGAUCGAUUUAAAUUGAACAAAGGGCGACGCAGUGGCACAGUAGGUAGUGGUGUCGUCUCACAGCAAGAAGGUCGCUGAUUUGAGCCUCAGCUGGGUCAGUUGGCGUUUCUGUGUGGAGUUUGCAUGUUCUCCCUGUGUUCGCGUGGGUUUCUUCCGGGUGCUCCGGUUUCCCCAUACACUCCAAAGACAUGCGGUACAGGUGAAUUGGGUAGGCUAAAUUGUCAGUGGUGUAUGUGUGUGAAUGAGUGUGUAUGGAUGUUUCCCAGAGAAGGGCAUCCGCUGCGUAAAACAUGUGCUGGAUAAGUUGGCGGUUCAUUUCAAGGUGGCGACCCCUGAUUAAUAAAGGGACUAAGCCAAAAAAAGAAAAUGAAUGAAUGAAUAAAUUUAACAAUUUAACCUCCAAAAUCUUCUCAAGAUAUAAUAAUAAUAAUAAUAAUAAUAAUAAUAAUAAUAUAUUGAUUUUGACUUUUUUUCACAGACGUCACUGAUCACCAAACAAUGUUCACAGCACUUAGAUUAGGUCACAUUAGCUCAACCUUACUUAACCUUUCCCUCGAGUCUAGUAAUUUUUGUUAAAAAAAAUAAAAAUAAAAUAAAAAUAAAACCAUACACGAUUUGUUUGUAUUUUCAAGCCUGAUCUCACCAGAAAAUUGUAAAAGUAAUUAUUUUAUGUAUUGUUUAAAAUGUGGAUAAUUCAUACAAAUUCAUAUGGUUUUAUUCAUACAAAAAACAAACAAACAUGUUUUUAAAAGUAUGUGUGCCUCCAAACCCCACCCCUAAACCCAACCCUCACUGGGGAAUGAGCAAAUUAUGCUAAAAUACUCAAAUGGGAUCAUACAAACUUAUGAGAAUUAACUACUUAAUCAAAAAGCCUUGUGAUUUACAGGAAACACAAGAAUUAAAGCAAAUAAUGGCAUAUGUUUUGAACAAUCAGUCAUUUUAGGCCAAAAAUUAAUAUUCCAAAUAGGGCGCGCUAACAAAUGAAGGUCAUUUUGUGUCACGCCAACAUGUCUGAAACUCCAUAAGAUCCAAUGAAGUUUGUUCUCACACAACAAGCAGGUAGGAUCAAUUUAUAUUUGCUGAAACAGAAAAGAUUAGAUAUUAUUAAAUGUAUUUUGGGUGAACAGAUUAUCAAUGGAGGGGCUGAAAUGUAAUCAAUUUGACUAAAUGUUUCUUUUAUAGGCGACACGGUGGCUUAGUGGUUAGCACUGUCACCUCACAGCAAGAAGGUCGCUGGUGGUUCAUUCCACUGUGGCAACCCCUGAUGAAUAAAGGGACUAAGCCAAAGGAAAAUGAAUGAU